UACUGUACGAAGCUGUGUGUACUGAUUGAUAAGCCACUGCUUCCUGGUCCCAGGGAACCGGCUCCUUCACAACAACGGGUCGGUCGGAUCAGGUCGGGUCAGAGCAGAAGUGGACAGACUGUAUGUUAAGACUACUCCUCAGAGUGGCCCAACUGAAAAGAGCAAGACAAACAGCAAAAAUACCCACACAGCAAUUGCCGGUCUCAGAAAUACUUUCAGCCGAGGGAAAAGGAGAACGUGGCCUAUGAAUUCAUUCCCCACAAUUACGCGAUAACAGAGGGGUUUGUUUUCUUAAAGGCCACCGCUGGCAUCAUCCCAUCAUUUGCGAGAGAACCUGAGAACCCGAGAACCUGCCAUUGCAAAAGCUUCCGUGGGAUUUCUGGAAAACUCCCUCUCUCCCGUCGUCGCCUUCCAACUUUCCACACCACAGACAAUAUCAGCUCUUCACCACCACACAGAUCAUGUUGUACUCCAAAUUCUGGCCCAAGGGUGGUAUCCCGGGCAUGCUCCACCACUACACUGAAUCCCUCGUCACCUUCGAAUACACAACCGGCAAGGUUGCUCAACCUCACAGUCUCCUCUUCGUCGGUGGUUUGGGUGAUGGGAUCGGUACCACGUCCUACGUCGCCGACAUGGCGAAAAUGAUGGAGAAGAGCGAUUGGUCCAUUUUCAUGCUCAACCUCACCUCCUCCUACAACUCCUGGGGUCUGGGCCACCUGGACCGCGACACGAACGAGAUCACCAAGUGCCUCAACUACAUCCGCGACUACAAGACGGAGAAGUACGGCAGCCCCGGCAAGAUCGUGCUGAUGGGCCACUCGACGGGCAGCCAGUGCGUGCUGCACUACCUCUACCGGCCGAACCCCUUCACGGUCGCCCACCCGUUCGACAGCGAGCUGGAGCACCUGCAGCGCAUGGCCCUCGACGGCGCCAUCAUGCAGGCGCCCGUCUCCGACCGCGAGGCCAUCCAGUGGGUGCUCCACUGGGGGUUCAACGGCAAGACGCCCGAGCAGGUGCGGGCGGUGUACGACAAGGCCGAGGCGCUGGCGCGCGAGGCGGUGCGCGACAAGGACCCCAAGUUCGACACCGUCCUGCCCCUGGACGUCACCGCCAACAUCUGCUACGGCGCCAACGUCCCCAUCAGCGCCCGCCGCUUCCUGAGCCUCGUGAGCCCCGACAGCCCCGCCACGCCCCAGGAGGACGACCUGUUCAGCUCCGAUCUGAGCGACGAGCACCUCCAGACCACCUUCGGCAAGAUCCGCGACUCGGGCCUGCUCCGCAGUCGCCUGAUGGUCAUGUUCUCCGGCGCCGACCAGGCGGUGCCCGACUGGAUCAACAAGGAGAAGCUGAUGGCCCGGUGGAGGAACGCGGCGAACCACAACGGCGAGGCCGAGAUCUGGGAUGACCAGCACAGCUUCAUCAUCCCCAAUGCCUCGCACGCGCUGAGCAAUGACGACCAGGCGGAGCCGAGAAGGCUGUUGGCCGAGAAGGUCAUCAGCUAUCUGAAUGCAGUCAAGGGAAACUGAGAUGAUUAUGAUCUAGUUUUGUUUUUAGCGUGCAAUGUUAAAGAUUCAACGGUUCAAAUUAGAGCAUAGAUUUGUGAAUAAAAGACGAUG